AUGGAACAACUGGUUUUAAUAGCAAUGCUACAACUUGCAGAAAAAAGAGGGAUGCGUAGUCAUUUAAAUCCGACGCAUUCGUCAUUAUCUCUACAAUUAGAGAAUGGAUCAUUUUUAGUCAGUGAUACGUAUACAGACAAUAUACAACUGGAUGAUUUGGCUGCACCAAAUCAUGGUUGCUUAUGUUUCAAACUACCUCCAAUUCGAUUGAAAUCAAGACGGCUACAUCAUUUUUAUAAAGAAAGCCAAUCAAGUGAAACACUAGAGCCUAAUACGCUGAAAUCGAAGCAUACAAGGAAUUCAAGAAAAAGUCACCGCCACCAUGACCACGACCAACAACAACAACAACAAAAGCAUAAAAAUGCUGUUUCCUGCCUUCCAAGUGAAUUGUCAAAUGACCAACUGACACAACAAUUACGUCAAGAAAAUUCAACGAAUAAAAAUAGUAUCUCCUCUAUUAAAUUAGAAGUCCCUGUACUACCGUUUACUACUACCAAUCAAUCGGCACAAGAUGAUACUGAGGUGAAACAAAAUUCACAGACUACACCGAAUAAAGUUCAGCUGGCUGUAAAACGUUUAUAUAAACAACACAAAUGGAAGUGUAUACCAACACGAAAACAGAAUGCAGGAACUUGUAAAUCCCCAUCAUUGGCUUCCUAUUCUAUAUCAUUUUGGUUAAUUCUUAUUUAUCCUGUAUAUCUGAUUUUCACUUUGUUAUUUCGUUUGGAGACAACAAAUCUAAAUGAAAUGAUCAUGCAUCAUGCUUUAACUGUAGCAAGUGAUCAACCGAAACUUAUGAAAGUUAUUGCAAGGUGUAGCCUUUUAUCAAGUCUUUGGCAAAUAUUUAUACACUGUUAUAUACGUAGUCUGCGGAUAGUAGCACCUGUGGACUGUGCGGCGAUUACAGCUGUACUACCUUGUUUUAUUUACUUAUUAUCAUGGAUUAUUGUACAUAGACGAUUUUGUGCUUUACGAGUGAUUGCAUUUAUCAUGGCUUCCAGUGGUGUAAUCCUCAAUAUAUACAGUGAUCAAAUAGUUAUGUGGUACAAGUGUCUAACAAGUCUGGCUAUAAUCACCUUUUCACUAUUUACAGUAAUUCUGAAACGGAUCAGUAAUAAACCGUCUUUUGGACAAAUGGCUUGUUUCUACUUUGCUUUGGGUUUAUUCAAUAUUUUGGUUACUUGGCCAAUUUUUGUAUUCACUUCAAUCUUGACUUCAACAGAAAUCAUCACCUGGAAGUAUUUACCAUGGGAGUAUUUCAUUGGUAUUGGAGUUUCAUAUUUAAGUAUUACAAUUUCUAUAGAUCUAAGUAGCCGUAAAUCAAAGCGAGUGAUACGAGCUUUUCAACCGCUUUGUGCAUUAUCAAUUUGUAUUGCUUAUGAAUUAUUUUGGACAAAACAAAAGUUUAUUAUGUCCUCUGUGCAAAUUUCAAGUUUAGUACUCAUUACUAUUGCUUGCCUGUUGAAUGCUUUUCCAACGAGUUGGCAAAAGCAUAUUGCAAAACUUCUUAGGAAGAAUCGUUCACCAAAAUCUCAACCAACCACCAGUAAACGUUCAAUUACUUUAGCUCAGAGGAGUAAAACCUCUGUGGUUAUGCAAUCCACUGGAAGUACACCAGUGUCUAGUAUACAACGAACAUCUUUAGUUCCAGCAGGUUCUACAACAAUGCAAACUGGUGUUCAUAACACUGCCGUAUCGACUACAAGUAUGCGACCGUUAAGUGCUGAGUCAAUCCAACGUGGAAGUAUUAUUCAUCUCAUAAAAGGGAAAAGUUGA